GAGGAUGUCAAGUUAGCAAAAAUUAGGCUGGGGAAGAAGAGUAAGAAUGGGAUGGGGAAGAGACGAAGGAGGUGGGAACAAGGAUGGAGGGGGCAAGAUGAGGGUGUUGGACUCAGUGAUCCCAGACAGAGGGGAUCAGCGCCUCCCUCCUCCUCACUGUCGCUGGCUGCCUAGAUAGACGGGCUGUGGCUCAGUGAGCCCCACUGCAGGGAACAAGCAAGGGACACCCAGGAGCUCAGGGCAGCCAAAGAGAGCCAGGCUGCCAAAGGGGAACCCACCCUCCCCUGCCUUGAGGGCCCACCUCCUGAGGCUGGGGACAGAACAGGUGCAGAGGCACUGCAGCUGCUCAUUGCCCAGCCUCCUGAAUGAUGCCAGCCCAACAUUCCCUAACCUCCAACCUGGCCCUCCUGCUGCUGCUGGGCACAGUCAGAGCAGGCCCUUUCUCUUCACGCUCCAAUAUUACACUCCCUGCCCCACGACCCCCUCCUAAGCCAGGGGGCCGCACAGCAGAACCAAGAGGGGUGAACCCCACUUCUCAGCUUUAUGAGCACACUGUAGAAGGAGGGGAAAAGCAGGUGGUGUUCACCCACCGUAUUAACCUGCCGCCUUCAACUAGCUGUGGCUGUCCCCCGGGCACUGAGCCCCCGGUCCCUGCUUCAGAGGUGCAGGCCUUGAGGGUCCGCCUAGAGAUCCUGGAGGAGCUGGUGAAGGGGCUCAAGGAACAGUGCACAGGGGGAUGUUGUCCUUCUGCUGCCCAGGCUGGCACAGGUCAGACAGACGUCCGUAGCCUCUGCAGUCUCCACGGUGUGUUUGACUUGAGCCGCUGUGCCUGCUCCUGCGAGCCAGGCUGGGGUGGGCCCUCCUGCUCAGACCCCACAGACGCCGAAGUAUCCCCUUCCUCGCCACCCUCCGGGUCCUGCCCAGAUGACUGCAACGAUCAGGGGCGCUGUGUCCGCGGUCGCUGCGUGUGCUUCCCUGGCUACACUGGCCCCAGCUGUGGCUGGCCCUCCUGUCCUGGGGACUGCCACGGCCGAGGGCGCUGUGUGCAGGGCGUGUGCGUGUGCCGGUUGGGCUUCUCUGGUGACGACUGCAGCCUGCGCUCCUGCCCCCGAGGCUGCAGCCAGAGGGGGCGCUGCGAAAAUGGGCGCUGCGUGUGUAACCCCGGUUACACAGGUGAGGACUGUUCAGUAAAGAGCUGCCCCCGGGGCUGCAGCCAGAAAGGGCGCUGUGAGGAAGGGCGCUGCGUCUGUGACCCUGGCUACACUGGAGAAGACUGUGGCUCACGGACCUGCCCUUGGAACUGUGGUGAAGGUGGGCGCUGCGUGGACGGCCGCUGCGUGUGCUGGCCUGGGUACGCAGGUGAGGACUGCAGCACACGGAUUUGCCCGCGCAACUGCCGAGGCCGCGGGCGCUGUGAGGACGGAGAAUGCAUCUGCGACACCGGCUACAGUGGGGACGAUUGCGGCGUGCGGAGCUGCCCCAGCGACUGCAACCAAAGGGGCCGCUGCGAGGACGGCCGUUGCGUGUGCUGGCCAGGGUACACGGGGCCUGACUGCGGUGCGCGCGCCUGCCCGCGUGACUGUCGGGGCCGCGGGCGCUGUGAGAAUGGCGUGUGUGUUUGCAACACAGGCUACAGCGGCGAGGAUUGCGGCGUGCGCAGCUGUCCUGGAGACUGUCGUGGCCGGGGUCGUUGUGAGAGUGGCCGCUGUGUGUGUUGGCCCGGGUACACGGGCCGGGAUUGUGGAACGCGGGCCUGCCCUGGAGACUGCAGAGGGCGCGGGCGUUGCGUGGAUGGUCGCUGCAUGUGCAACCCAGGUUUCACGGGCGAGGACUGUGGGAGCCGUCGGUGUCCAGGGGACUGUCAUGGUCGCGGCCACUGCGAGGAUGGCGUGUGCACGUGUGACGCUGGCUACGAGGGAGAGGACUGCAGCUUACUCAGCUGCCCAGGAGGUUGCCGAGGCCGUGGCCAGUGCGUAGACGGACGUUGCGUGUGUGAUGACGACUACUCAGGCGAUGACUGCAGCGUGAGGCGGUGCCCGGGAGACUGCAGCCAGCGCGGCGUGUGCCAGGACGGUGUGUGCACCUGUUGGGAAGGCUACGCGGGAGAGGACUGCAGCCUCCGUACCUGCCCCUCCAACUGCCACCAGCAUGGCCACUGUGAUGAUGGGCGCUGUGUGUGCUACUCAGGCUACACCGGCCCCUCCUGCUCCAUCCGCACCUGCCCGGCCAACUGCCGGGGUCGUGGGCGCUGUGUGCAGGGAUCCUGCGUGUGCCACGCAGGCUACAGCGGUGAGGACUGUGGACAGGAAGAGCCUCCUGCCAGUGCCUGCCCUGAAGGCUGCGGGCCCCGGGAGCUGUGCCGUGCAGGCCAAUGUGUGUGCGUUGAGGGCUUCCGAGGCCCGGACUGUGCCAUCCAAACAUGCCCCGAGGACUGCCGUGGCCGAGGAGAGUGUCGUGAGGGCCGUUGCAUCUGCCAAGAGGGCUAUGCAGGGGAGGACUGUGGAGAAGAGGUGCCAGCCAUUGAGGGCAUGAGGAUGCACCUCCUGGAGGAGACGACGGUUCGGACAGAGUGGACCAGGGCUCCUGGCCCUGUGGAUGCCUAUGAGAUUCAGUUCACCCCCACGACAGAGGGGGCAAGCCCCCCAUUCACCGCACGGGUGCCAAGCUCUGCUUCGGCCUAUGACCAGAGAGGACUGGCCCCCGGUCAGGAGUACCAGGUCACUGUCCGUGCCCUUCGAGGGACUAACUGGGGCCCUCCUGUCUCCAAGACCAUCACCACCAUGAUCGAUGGCCCCCAGGACCUCCGGGUGGUGGCCGUGACUCCAACCACACUGGAGCUCAGCUGGCUGCGCCCCCAGGCCGAGGUGGACCGAUUCGUGGUGUCCUACGUCACUGCUGGCAACCAGAGGGUGCGGCUGGAAGUGCCAGCCGAGGCAGACGGAACACUGCUGACUGACCUGAUGCCGGGUGUGGAAUACGUGGUGACUGUCACCGCGGAGCGGGGCCGGGCAGUAAGCUACCCAGCGUCUGUCAGGGCUAACACAGCACCAGGCCACUACAGUUACCCGGAGGUGCGCCCCCCAGCCCCGCCCCCCAAACCCCGGCCUAGGCCUCGGCCGGCUCCGGCUCCGCAGCCCCCUAGGCCGGCUAGGCUCCCUCGACCGGCAGAGGGGCAAGAGGAGCCUCGGCCUGGGCCUAGCCUGCCCCAGCCCCCUCGGCGGCCGUGGGGCAACCUGACAGCGGAGCUGGGCCGCUUCCGCGGCACGGUGCAGGACCUGGAGCGCCACCUGCGGGCUCACAACUACCCACUGAGGGCCAACCAGACCUACACGUCCGUGGCGCGCCACAUCCACGAAUACUUGCAGCGGCGUCUGGCGGCCUCUGCCCCCACCAGCUCUGCACCCCCUCCCCGUCAGCCGUACCCCACCGCCAGCCACGACUCUGGCACCUGGAAACGGGACUCCAACCAGGGCAUCUAUGGCCUCUUACCCGAAGGCGUCGAUGGGAUGGCUGUGCCCCGUCACCCCAAGCCCGAGGUGCUAGGCAGUUCCGCCAAUGGCUCACUACUCGUGUCCCUCGAUGGGCUCCGCGGCCACUUUGAGCGAGUGGUGCUGCGCUGGCAGCCCCAGCCGCCUGCAGACGCCCCCGGCGGGGAGCUGACUGUGCCUGGCACCACGCGCACCGUAACCCUGCCCGACCUCAGGCCAGCCACCACCUAUCAUGUGGAGGUCCACGGGGUGCGGGCAGGGCAGACCUCCAAGUCCUACGCCUUCAUCACCACCACAGGAUCCUCCCCCUCGGGCUUCUUGGGAGCCACCGAUGAGCCUCCCCCUUCAGGCUCUUCAACAACUCAAGGGGUGCAGGCCCCUGCCCUGCAGCAGCGCCCCCAGGAGCUGGGGGAACUGAGGGUGCUAGGCAAAGACAAAACCGGGCGCCUCCACGUAGCCUGGACAGCCCGGCCCGACACCUUCGCCCACUUCCAGCUGCGCCUCUGGGUGCCCGAUGCUCCAGGGGCACAUGACGUACUGCUGCCAGGGGACGUCCGCCAGGCACUGGUGCCCUCACCCCCUCCUGGAGCCCCUUAUGUGCUGUCACUUCACGGGGUUCCUCCUGAGGGCAAGCCCUCUGCCCCUCUCAUCUAUCAAGGCAUUAUGGACAGGGAUGGGGAAAAGCCUGGGAAGCCCUUGGCCCCACCACGCCUGGGCGAGCUGACAGUGACAGAUGUGACCUCCAGCUCCCUGCUCCUGCACUGGACUGUCCCUGAGGGCGAGUUCAACUCCUUCAUGAUCCAGUACAAAGACAGGGAUGGGCCCCACAUGGUGCCUGUGGAGGGGCCCCAGCGCUCGGCCCUCAUCACCAACCUGGACAUGGGCCGCAAGUACAAAUUCGCCCUGUAUGGGUUUGUGGGCAAGAAGAAGCAUGGCCCCCUGGUGGCUGAAGUCAAGAUCUUGCCUCCGAGGGAUCCCAGCCUAGUGACACGACCCCGUCUCGGAAUGCUAUGGGUGACAGAUCCCACCCCAGACUCACUGCACCUCUCCUGGACGGUCCCUGAAGGCCAGUUCGAUUCCUUCGUGGUCCAAUACAGGGACAGGGAUGGACGGCCCCAGGUGGUGCCCGUGGAGGGACCUGAGCGCUCGGUCACUAUCUCUCCACUGGACCCUGACCACAAGUACAGAUUCACUCUGUUUGGCAUCGCCAACAAGAAGCGGCAUGGUCCCCUCACGGCUGAUGGCAGCACUGCUCCAGAGAAGACAGAAGAGCCCCACCACCCAGAGCCCCCCGAGCAGCCACUACUGGGGGAACUGACAGCGACUUCCGUGACCCCAGACUCCCUGCGCCUGUCCUGGACAGUGGCCCAGGGCACCUUUGACUCCUUUGUGGUCCAGUACAAGGAUGCGCAGGGGCAGCCCCAGGCAGUGUCGGUCAAGGGAGAUGAGAACACGGUCACUGUCCCCAGCCUGGAAUCUGACCGGAAGUAUAAAAUGAACCUCUACGGCUUUCAUGGCCGGCGGCGUGUGGGGCCUGUGUCCACCGUGGUCACCACCGCUCCACAACCAGAAGAGACUCCUGCAGCCACCAACCCCCCGCUGGAGCCACGCCUGGGGGUCCUGACAGUGACGGGUGUGACCCCCACCUCCGUGGGCCUCAUGUGGACAGUCGCUGAGGGCCAGUUUGACUCCUUCGUGAUCCAGUACAAGGAUAGGGAUGGGCAGCUCCAGGUCAUUCCUGUGGCCAUGGACCAGCACGAGGCCACUAUCGCGGGGCUGGAACCUGCACGCAAAUACAGGAUGCAUGUCUAUGGGCUCCACGGCGGGCAGCGCGUGGGCCCCCUGUCUGCGGUGGCUGUGACGGCUGCCCAAGGAGAUGCCAGCCCAGGGGCCCCACCCCGCCUCGGGGAGCUGUGGGUGACAGAGCCCACCACAGACUCACUACACCUCUUCUGGACAGUCCCCGAGGGCCACUUCGACUCUUUUGCGGUCCAGUUCAAGGACAGGGAUGGGCCCCGGAUAGUGCCUGUGGCGGGUCACGAACGCUCAGUCACCAUCACCCCUCUGGACAGUGGCCGCAAGUACAGAUUCCUCCUCUAUGGCCUCCUGGGCAAGAAACGCCAUGGCCCCCUCACCGCUGAUGGCACCACAGAGACCCAGGGUGCUGUGGAUGAUGCUGGAACAAAGCGUCCCUCAAAACCCCAUCUGGGAGAGGAGCUACAGGUGACCAGCGUGACACCAGACUCCGUGGGCCUUGCGUGGACAGUCCCCGAGGGCCAGUUUGACUCCUUCGUGAUCCAGUACAAGGACAAAGACGGGCAGCCCCAGGUGGUGCCCGUGGAAGGCAGCCUCAGGGAGGUCAGGGUCUCAGGCCUGGACCCCUCCCGCAGGUACAAGCUGCUGCUCUAUGGGCUGUACGAGGGCCGGCGUGUGGGGCCCAUCACUGCCGUCACUGUGACCGCCCCCAGAGAAGAAAUUGGAGCGGAGACCAUGGCCCCAAACCUUCCACAGUCUGAGCCACAACUCGGGGAGCUGACUGUGGACGAAGCCACGCCGCACACCCUACACCUCUCCUGGACGGUCACUGAGGGAGAAUUUGACUCCUUCGAGGUCCAGUACAUUGACGAGGAUGGGAAACUCCAAGUUGUCAGUUUAGGGGGCAACCGAAAUGACAUCACCCUCUCUGGACUGGAAUCCAACCACAGAUACCUGGUAAAUGUGUACGGUUUCCAUGGCCGGCAUCGUCUGGGUCCUAUCCAGGUGGAAUCUCUGACAGUUCCAAGGAAAGAGGAGAAUGAACUACCAGAAACUUCCAUCAUGGGCCCUGAGGCUCCUCCCAUCAAGCCGCUCCUGGGGGAGCUGACUGUGACUGACGCCACCGUGGACUCCCUGCGCCUGUCCUGGACCGUCCCCGAGGGCAAGUUCGACCACUUCCUGGUCCAGUACAAGAACAGGGACGGGCAGCCCAAGGAGGUGCGGGUGCCAGGGCACGAGGACGGGGUCACCAUCUUGGGCCUGGAGCCAGACCACAAGUACAAGAUGAACCUGUAUGGCUUCCACGACGGCCAGCGCCAGGGCCCCAUCUCUGCCAUCGGGGUGACAGCUGCUGAGGAAGAGACCCCCAGCCCCACCGAACCUGGCACAGAGGCUCCAGAGCCCCCCGAGGAGCCCCUCCUGGGGGAGCUGACAGUGACAGAAUCCUCCCCAGACUCACUGAGCCUCUCCUGGACCGUCCCCCAGGGCCACUUUGACUCCUUCACUGUCCAGUACAAGGACAGAGACGGGCGGCCCCAGGUGUUGCGUGUCGGGGGUGAGGAGAGAGAGGUCACUGUGCAGGGCCUGGAGCCGGGGCGCAAGUACAAGAUGCACCUGUAUGGCCUGCACGGGGGGCAGCGUGUGGGCCCCGUGUCCACUGUGGGCCUGACAGUCCCUGAAGUGGAACAGCCAGCCAGCCCCACUUUGAAGCCGAGCCUGGGGCAGCUGACCGUGACAGACGCCACCGUGGACUCCCUGCGCCUGUCCUGGACCAUCCCCGAGGGCCAGUUCGACCACUUCCUGGUCCAGUACAAGAACGGGGAUGGGCAGCCCAAGGCGGUGCGGGUGCCAGGGCACGAGGACGGGGUCACCAUCUCGGGCCUGGAGCCAGACCACAAGUACAAGAUGAACCUGUAUGGCUUCCACGACGGCCAGCGCCAGGGCCCCAUCUCUGCCAUUGGGGUGACGGCUGCUGAGGAAGAGACCCCCAGCCCCACAGAACCCGGCACAGAGGCUCCAGAGCCCCCCGAGGAGCCCCUCCUGGGGGAGCUGACAGUGACAGAAUCCUCCCCAGACUCGCUGAGCCUCUCCUGGACCAUCCCCCAGGGCCACUUUGACUCCUUCACCGUCCAGUACAAGGACAGAGAUGGGCGGCCCCAGGUGGUGCGUGUCGGGGGUGAGGAGAGAGAGGUCACUGUGCAGGGCCUGGAGCCGGGGCGCAAAUACAAGAUGCACCUGUACGGCCUGCACGGGGGGCAGCGUGUGGGCCCCGUGUCCACUGUGGGCCUGACAGCUCACCCAGCUCUAGAUCACAAAGCUGGGACCACCCAAGUUCCUGCCACCUCGACCCCCGAGCCUCCCAUCAAGCCCCUCCUGGGGGAGCUGACUGUGACGGACGCCACCGAGGACUCCCUGCGCCUGUCCUGGACCAUCCCCGAGGGCCAGUUCGACCACUUCCUGGUCCAGUACAAGAACGGAGAUGGGCAGCCCAAGGCGGUGCGGGUGCCAGGGCACGAGGACGGGGUCACCAUCUCGGGCCUGGAGCCAGACCACAAGUACAAGAUGAACCUGUAUGGCUUCCACAACGGCCAGCGCCAGGGCCCCAUCUCUGCCAUCGGGGUGACGGCUGCUGAGGAAGAGACCCCCAGCCCCACAGAACCCGGCACAGAGGCUCCAGAGCCCCCCGAGGAGCCCCUCCUGGGGGAGCUGACAGUGACAGAAUCCUCCCCAGACUCGCUGAGCCUCUCCUGGACCAUCCCCCAGGGCCACUUUGACUCCUUCACCGUCCAGUACAAGGACAGAGAUGGGCGGCCCCAGGUGGUGCGUGUCGGGGGUGAGGAGAGAGAGGUCACUGUGCAGGGCCUGGAGCCGGGGCGCAAAUACAAGAUGCACCUGUACGGCCUGCACGGGGGGCAGCGUGUGGGCCCCGUGUCCACUGUGGGCCUGACAGCCCCAGAAGAGGCCCCCGAGUCUCCCGAAGGGCCCCGCCUGGGGGUGCUGGCAGUGACUGACAGGACCCCAGACUCCCUGCGCCUCUCGUGGACUGUGGCCCAGGGCUCCUUCGACUCCUUCGUGGUGCAGUAUUGGGACACAGACAGGCAGUCCCAGGCCUUGCUUGUGGGUGGUGACCAGAACAGGGUCCUUGUGUCGGGCCUGGAACCGAGCACCCCCUACAAGUUCUUCCUCUACGGCCUCCGUGAAGGGAAGCGCCUGGGCCCUGUCUCAGCUGAGGGCACCACAGGGUCAGCUCCUGCAGGUCAGAGCCUGGGGGAGCCAGGGCCCCGGCUCUCCCAGCUGUCUGUGACUGAUGUGACCACCAGCUCUCUGCGACUCAACUGGGAGGCCCCCUCUGGGGCCUUCGACUCCUUCCUGCUUCGCUAUGGGGUCCCAUCAGCAAGCACUCUGGAACUGCAUCCACGUCCCUUGCUGCAGCGGGAGGUGACAGUGCCAGGGACACGGCGCUCGGCUGUGCUUCGGGACCUCCGUCCUGGGAGCCUGUACAGCCUUACACUGUAUGGCCUGCGUGGGCCCCACAAUGCCGACAGUGUGCAGGGCACUGCCCGUACGCUGAGCCCAGUUCUGGAGAGCCCCCGUGACCUCCAGUUCAGCGAAAUUGGGGAGACCUCAGCCAGGGUCAGCUGGAUGCCCCCACCGUCCAGAGUUGACAGCUUCAAAGUAUCCUACCAACUGGCAGAAGGAGGGGAGCCACAGAGUGUGCAAGUGGACAGCCAGGCCCGGACCCAGCAACUCAAGGGGCUGGUCCCAGGCGCUCGCUACGAGGUGACGGUGGUGUCUGUCCGGGGCUUCGAGGAGAGUGAGCCUCUCACGGGCUUCCUCACCACCGUUCCUGAUGGCCCCACCAAGCUGCGAGCACUGAACUUGACAGAAGGAACAGCCAUGCUACACUGGAAGCCCCCUCAGGCUCCUGUGGACACAUAUCACAUCCGGGUUACAGCCCCAGGCACCCCCUCUCUACAGGCCUCAGCCCCCAGCAGCACCGUGGACUACCCCUUACACGGCCUCGAGCUCCACACCAACUAUACAGCCACCGUGCGUGGUCUUCGAGGCCCCAACCUCACCUCUCCAGCCAGCAUCACCUUCACCACAGGGUUGGAGGGCCCCCGGGACUUGGAAGCCAAGGAAGUGACCCCCCGCACAGCCCUGCUUACUUGGACAGAGCCCCAAGUCCCACCAACUAGCUACCUGCUCACCUACGACACUCCUGGUGGACAGACCCAGGAGAUCGAGCUCGCAGGAGGCCUCACCUCUCACCAGCUCCGGGGCCUCUUUCCCUCCACCAGCUACAGAGCCUGGCUCCGGGCUGUGUGGGGCGAGAGCCUCACGCCGCCCAUGUCUACCUCCUUCACCACGGGUGGACUGCGGGUCCCCUUCCCCCGGGACUGCGGGGAGGAGAUGCAGAAUGGGGUCGGCACCUCCAGAACCUCCACCAUCUUCCUCAACGGCAAUCGCGAGCAGCCCCUGAACGUGUUCUGUGACAUGGAGACUGACGGGGGCGGCUGGCUGGUGUUCCAGCGUCGCAUGGACGGACACACGGACUUCUGGAGGGACUGGGAAGACUAUGCCCGUGGUUUUGGGAACAUCUCUGGGGAGUUCUGGCUGGGCAACGAGGUCCUGCAUAGCCUGACGAGAGCUGGCGACUACUCCAUGCGUGUGGACCUGCGGGCUGGGGACGAGGCAGUGUUCGCUCAGUACGACUCUUUCCGGGUAGACUCGGCCUCCGAGUACUACCGCCUCCACCUAGAGGGCUACCACGGCACCGCAGGGGACUCCAUGAGCUACCACAGCGGCAGUGUCUUCUCUGCCCGAGACCGAGACCCCAACAACUUGCUCAUCUCCUGUGCCGUCUCCUACCGAGGGGCUUGGUGGUAUAGGAACUGCCACUAUGCCAACCUCAACGGGCUCUAUGGGAGCACAGUGGACCACCAGGGAGUGAGCUGGUACCACUGGAAGGGCUUCGAGUUCUCUGUGCCCUUCACGGAAAUGAAGCUGAGACCCAGAGGCUACCAGGCCCCUGCCUGGGGAGGCUGAGCCUGGGCUCGCCUCUCCCACGCAGGUACGGCUGCCGAGCACUGAGGGGCCGCGAGGAGAGAAGAGUCAGGGCCCGUCUUCACUACCCAGCCACCAGAGGAAGCCUUCUCCACCGCGGUCUCACAGCACUAUGUUUACAGGGGGGAGGGAGGAUGGUACGGGAGCAAUAAAAGGAGAAACUGA